UUUAUUUACUCAUACUUUAGCGUAUCGUUAGUUUUGUUUUGCUGUUUCUCCAGUCCGGAAGGUUCCUUUCUCGUUCCGCUGUUGUGAAGUUCCACUGUGACCAGCAUAGCUGCCAUUUAAAGGAUUUAUCUGAUUGAUUCAGAGAAGUUCGGAUCAAUAUAGAACUUUGAUGCACAAAUGCCUAAUGUUCGGAAGCGGUCUUCGGUUCCUGCCCGCCGCGGCGCCAAGAGAACCAAACAGCCGGCUUCACAAGUGGAACAGCUAGCGGAUUCGGUUUGUCGCGUCUGCAUGCGCUGGGCUUCCAGUUCGGCCGUGAUGGUUCGACUAUUCGAUCGACGGGCGCAGGAAACGAGCCUGGCCGAAGUGUUGGCACUGGUUGGAGCAGUGGAGCCGGCAAAGGAAGAUGACCCUCUGCCCAAGUGGUGCUGCAAAAGCUGCGUGAAGGGACUGGAGGGUGCCUACAAAAUGAGACUGAUGUGUCAGGAUUCGGAUCGGAAGCUAAGAGAUGUGUACAUGGCGGACGUGGAACCCGUCGCGGUCAAGGAGGAAGUCGAUGAGGAUGAGUUCAAUCCGCUGGACGAGUUAGUGGUUGAAAGUAAACCGGAUAUAGAUGGGAUGUCGGAUGCCAAGGAAGCUGAGGUGACGGAGCGUUUAGAGUUGCCAAAACUGGAGAUUUUGGAUUGUGGGAAAGAGGAAGACGGCGAACCGAUGGAGGAAAAUGACGUUAGCACAACAGAUGGAGUAGAAGACUGUGCUGGUGUAGAAUCGGAUGUGGACGAAGGAGAAGCUAAGGAUGAAAAGCCACCGAAAGAUACGACGACGAAGCCUACAAAGAACCCUAUAAAUCCAGACGUAUAUGAUGAAGUUCCCGCCGUUGGUUUUAGCUGCUGUGGUUGCAAGAACAAGUUUAAAACAUUGAAGGAGUUGCAAAGUCACUCGAAGGAAGUUCACUUGGAAAAGAAACUAUCAACGAACGAGUUGAAAACCAAGAAGCAAUGUGACAUCUGUUACAAGGUGUUGCGAAACGAUUUCGCUGUGCAGAGUCAUCAACAAAAAGAGAAACUGAAUUUCCGCUGCAAGGUUUGUGGAGAUCUGUUUUGGAGUCGCAAAAGGGUGUGUCUUCAUCAUGACCGGGUUCACGGUCCGAACCCAACGAUCCAAGGUCCGUCGAAAAUCUGCUGCGCAUGUCUAGAGCAGUUUGAAACCGAAGAACAGCUCAAAGAGCAUAGCAUUGCGGUACAUCUGCCGGAGAAGCCGCCGCCAAAUCCGGACCGGCCAUUCGUCUGUAACAUCUGCUAUCGCUGCUACAAAUCAGAUGCGCAGCUAUACGGCCAUCAAUCUCGAAUGCUCAAGAGCAUCAAAAAGCACAUGUGUGUCCAAUGUGGCAUGCUGUUCCGGCAUCCCGGUGCACUACAAGACCACGAAUCGGUGCAUACCGGCGAAAAGACCUUCCAGUGUCCAAAGUGUCCCAAAACCUACGCCAUUAAGGAAAGCUUCCGGAAACAUUUGGCCGGUCACACGAUGCCGGAGGAUAAGUACAAGUGUGAAACUUGCGGGAUUUGCUUCAAAACUCACGGAGGUCUGAAACAGCACAAACCGGUGCACACGGGAGAGCGUCCGCACAAAUGCCCUCACUGUCCGGCCAGCUACGCUGGGUAUUCCGGUAUCAAAUCACACCUGCUAACCCACACCGUACAAAAAUCUCUGGAAUGUCCACUGUGCCGGAAGCAGUUCAAACGGUACUCGGAGGUGAGGCAGCACGUUCGGUUCUUCCACCAGAAGCUGAAACCGUUUGCAUGCUUUUUCUGUCCGAAGCAAUAUCCGCGGAAGGACUAUCGCAAACGACACAUGGUCAGUGCCCAUCCGGAGGAACUGCGGAACAAUCCACUUCCGGCGAUCGAGCUGUUUGGUAAUCCGCGGUGGGCACCACAGAAAUCGGAAGAGGCCAUCUUUCGGGAGCAAGGUAUGGUUGAAUAAAGUGAUUUUGGACGUAUCUACUAUCAAAAAUUAUUUUUGUUUGGCGAAGAAAUCCCAGGACUCACAGGGAUUGCUGAACUUCUACUUUCAAUUCGCGGCUUCUACUUGGGCUGGGUGCGAACGUUUAGAGGUAAUCAUACCAUCUACCAGAGUUGCGGCAACACACGUGAGCUGGGAACAGCUUUUAUAGUGAUGGGCGACAUGCAGAGGCGCGUGAUCGGUUGGUGGCCGAUCGACGAAAGAACGUGCAGGUUGAGGAUCAAGGACCGAUUCUUCAACAUUAGCAUAAUAAACGUGCACAGCCCUCACUCAGGAAGCACUGAUGAUGACAAAGACGCAUUUUACGCGCAGCUCGAACGCGAGUACGACCGCUGCCCAAACCACGACGUCAAGGUCAUCAUAGGGGAUCUAAACGCUCAGGUACACUCUAAAAAGUUUUCACGUCCGAUUUACGUGAAAUAUCACGUAGCUCAUGCUUAUCCUUAAAACUUCCAAAGUUACGUGGCGUUAGUCAUUGUCACUCGAUAACCACGUCGUAGGCACCGCCCUGUUUGGUGAAAUCCACCUAGUUUUUCACGUAAACCGCUUUGAUGCGUUCGUGUUUGUGUAUUUUGACUUGGAACAUUCCGCGGAACGAAAGUUACGUGACUUUCAGGUGUGAAAAACAAUUCAACAUGGCGUCGAGAAGGUUGGUGCAAAA